AUGGCGUCAAGCUCACUCAACAAGAACAAGGAGAAUGAUCGCUCCAAGAGUGUUAACAACAUAGACGAUCUCGCGGCAAAGGUUGAUCAGCUGUUAAAGGGCAAUCAGAGCCAAGUGUUCAUCAUGGAGAAAGCUGCUUCAGAGAACAAUUUUUCAGACGCCACACCUGAAGGGGACAUUACCGUGGAUGAUCAGAAAGAAGUGAGCUACGUCAAUGGACAAGGAUGGCAGUACAAGAACUACCACCCAAACCCCAACGUUUGGAACAAUCCCCACCUCUUUGCGUAUCCUAAGACGGACAAACCGGUUGACAACACGCAGAACAGUCAAGGACAGAACAGUGGCUAUCAGAAACCGUACCAAGGAAGAACAUAUGUCCUCAUCCAGGCGCAGCACAACUACCAGCCAUAUGCGCAGACAGCCGAGAGCGUCAAGAGACAGCAAGGUACUCUACCUGGAAAGACCGAUAAGAAUCCUAAGGAAUGCAGUGCCGUAGCACUAAGGAGUGGAAGAACACUACCAGAUGCAGUCCCUGAAAAGUUAUCAGCGGCGGAGAAGGGCAAGCAAAAGGAGGGUGAGCAACCACUAUCUCAAGCACCCCCUUUAUCUGACGAAGAACCGGAACAGUCUGCGGAGACUGAUCCAACCCAUGUCGCUACAAUUGUCGAGCUUGUUCCUCCGUGCGAAUACACCCCUAAGGUUCCAUACCCUAUUCCAGCAAAGACAUCUCGCAAGGAUCGGGGGGAGACAAAGUGUAAAAAGAUGCUAGAGGAUCUAACUAUCAAGUUACCUCUUAUGGAUGCGAUCCAGAUGAUACCUUCUAUGCGUAAGUUGAUGAAAGGUUUGAUCUCUGGCAAGAUCACUGGGGACGGUGAGAUAUUGUUGGUUUCAAAGGAGUGCAUUGCGGUACUUCAGAACAGGCCGAUUAAGAAAUUGGAUGAUCCAGGCAAGUUUGUUCUCUCGAUACAAAUUGGGAAAACAGUGUUCGCUUGUUCUCUAUGCGAUCUGGAUCCAGUGUCAACCUCAUGCCUUACUUCGUGGCAUAACGACUGGGAAGAUCUCCAUGUCCGAGUGGGCAACACCUUUGUUCCGACAGAUUUUGUGGUUCUGGAGGUUGAAGAAGAACCAAGAGAUCCACUCAUCUUGGGUCGUCCUUUUCUGUGCAUGGCUGGUGCGAUCAUUGAUGUUCGACAAGGAAAGAUUGAUCUUCACCUAGGAGACAUUGCGAUGAAGUUCGAGAUGAACAAGUUGCUGAAGAAACCGAUAAUGGACGCGCAGACCUACACAGUUGAGGAUGAAGAUCAGGCGGUAUUCCCUUAA